UCCGGAGUCGAUCAGUCAUUCAUCGACGCUUUGCCAAUUUUCCAUUACAAAACCAUCAUCGGACGCAAACAAGACCCUUUUGAUUGCGCCGUCUGUCUGUGCGAAUUCGAUGCCGAGGACGAGCUCAGGCUUCUGCCCAAAUGCAGCCACGCCUUUCACGUGGACUGUAUAGACACGUGGCUCUUGACCCAUUCCACGUGUCCUCUCUGCAGAGCCAACUUGCUCGUCGAUGUCGCCACUUCGUGUUCCCCAGUCGUUCUUGUUCUGGAGUCUGGGAGUGAAAGCUCCAGAGAGAUCCCGGCUGAGAACGGUAACAUGGGGAGGUCGGACUCGCAUCCGGGUUCGACCAGGUUCGACGUGGGGCGUGGGUCCGGUGAGCAUUCGAGACGAAAUGAUGAGUGUAAGACUGAGGGAGAGGAGAGAGUUGUGCCGGUGAAGCUUGGCAAGUUCAAGAACAUCGAUGCCUGUGAAGGUAACAGUAGCAGCAACAAUGGGGAUGGAAGGAGGUGCGUUUCAAUGGGUUCGUUCGAGUACGUGAUGCCUUCAGAGGCUUCAUUGCAAGUUCAUGUAACGAUGAAGAAGACUAUGCGGCCACCAGGCCCAUGUCAGAGGCCGGUCUGCAUCUCUGGUGAAUCAAGAAGGGCCUUCCCUUUCGGACAUGAAGAUGUGAAGGAGAGCUUCUCUGUGUCUAAAAUCUGGCUAAGGGGUGCGAAGGAGAUGGCGCAUUGCGAGGAAGAGGGCGGUUCCUCAGGGAGACGAGCAUUCUCUUUCCGCUUCCCCGAUGGAAGAGAUCAGUCCUUCACCAUGAGGAACGUCUUUUGGAGCGUUUGGAGACAGAACAAAGUCGCCAGUUCUUCUUCCCUGGCGAGCGAGUGAGGACCGUCUAAUCACUGCCAUGGGGCUGCGAAGCAUAGUCGAAGUCGUAAUGAGUGCGAGAGGCCAGCCCCUGUGGUCCACCUUUCUGUCAUUUAGUUCGAAUUAUUAAUUGCAUAGGAUAACGGUGAAUAUCUGAUCCGUGCGACUAAACGGGCUUUUCGUUCUAUGGGCAUAUUUAUUUUACCUCUUUUACAAAUUUGGGUCCCCAUCUUAUACCAACCAUAUCUUAAAUCUGUUGUACGACAGAAGACAGGAAGCAUAGCUUAGCUUUUGCUUACAUUUCAAUCUGAUAGUGUCCUCGAGUUGAGUUGUC